AUGUUUCUUAGAGGCGAUCUUCAACUGUUCAACUUGUCUAUCUUGAUCUCUUCUUACGUUGUUAUUGUUAUUGUUGUUAGAGGUCAAGAUCGUGAUUUCAGACGGUCACCUGAUGCUGUGAACCUGUGUGGCGGCAUAUCUGGGUCUUCUGUUGGUUCUGUUUCCGUGUGCGCAUCAGCACAUUCUUCUGGUGGUUUGCAAGGGGUUUAUGUUGAACGUCUCCCUCCAAGAAGUGACGGAACUGUGAAAGAGGCCAUAAGAGAUGCGUUGAAAAAGCAUGGUCGCAUCGUGGAUAUCUCGAUUGAAGGAGAUGGAGACGCAAGAAAGGCCCUUGUUAUUUUUCAACGUGUCAUUGACAUGGAGAAACUAGUGAACGACUCCCACAUUUCCAUCUUAUCUAUGCGUGUUCGCAUUCGAGCAGCCAAUCACGUUGUUGUUCAGGUCAGUUUUGAUUCUGUUUGCGAAAAGCAUUUCAUUUGCUUAUUCUGGUUCCUCUGGAAUAUAAGCGAUCGCGCACACGUUGUAUCGUCGGUGGUUGGAAAGUCGAAUUCAGACGGAGCUUUACGUCGUCGAUUCGGGAAUUAUGGCACGAUUUUGGACGUAGACUUUGUGGAUUGGUUCUAUUCCACCCUCAGAUUGGCGAAGAUAUGUGAAUUCAGAAUGCCUUCGGCUCUUUAUCCAAGCGUUUUCAAAGUGGAAAGUGGCGAAGCUCGCGUACCAGCGGAUUUCUGCUCCGACCGGCUCCACGACCAUUUCAUUGAUCGAAAACACGGCGGUAUCCCGGUCAAGAAUCCUGUAUCGUUGCCCACUACUCCUACCAUUGGUAGCGGUUGCAUCUCGGUUGGCGGAUCAUCUGUACAGGACGAGGACUCUUUGACGGCACUUUUAGCACCUCCACCCGACCCUCCAAGUGAUAUGCCGAGUCUUACAAAGAAACUGAUCACCAUAGUUACCUUUUCUUUGCGGAAAAACCUAGCCGGACAGAACGUUGAGAAGCGUGGCGUCUUAUUCGCUAUGAACACACCCGCAUGCGAUCACGCCGUUCUCCAAACCCAAUUCGAGGACGUCGGGAACGAUCCCGGGAACGGUCCACAAGACACAGGUCUCGGGCCAAGAACCAAGAAAGCAUUCAAAGUACGACUAAUGAUAAAGGACUACCCGAUAGAAAGAAAGAAAGGAAGAAAGCAGAUGGUAAGUGCGUCGUCAGAUUCAUUCAAUUGUCAUCAAGUGAAGACUCAUCUCUUGACGCGACUACGGUCAGCUUCAACGAAUAGUCGCGCGAUCAGGAGCAAACCACGAAACACCUCUUCUUCGCGACGUAGCCCAUUUGAAGUUUCGAAAUGGACAGAUCGCAAAACAACACGACAUUCACCUGCUGCCGACGACAGGUUACCACAAACAAUGCAGGCGUCGAGUGUCAGUGCGGCUAUUGGUACCAUAACGCCAACUCCCGACGAUCGUAAAAGUGGGGAUAGUGGGUUCUACGAUGACGUUUCACGGCCACCACUGGAUCCUCCACCUGCACCACCACAAAUGGAGACAUUACCGCAAAUACCUUCACCUCCUCCCGCUGAUCCUCCAGUUAGACGGAAACCGUCUCCACGAUCAAAUUCCCACUCGCAGCAUUGCACUCCCCAUUUCGUCUCGCCUCCUUCUACUUCUCGACAUGAUUCCUAUUCCAGCCGUCACCAAUCUCAUCAUUUCGGACAGGAACCACAGUCGAUUUCCGUGCAACACCGACACCAAUCCUUGUCAUCUGGGCCGGGUCCUUCAACGGCUACACCGUCAAACUUCAACAGCUCCAGCCAUUCUCAGAAGCGUCACUCGGUAGAUGGGCAGGGAUCCCACUUGCGCCCGCAUUCUACUUCGCAGCCAUCACAUAGAACACGGACAGGGAAAUGGCCAUGGAACGAUCUGCUUCGAAAUCCAUGUGUUUUCCCAGACAUAGCAACAACAUCUUUGACUGAUCCACGGAUUCAACUCAAUGAGUCUCCGAAAUUGAUAUCAUCGCACUUGCCUCUUCCACCUUUUGCUAGUUCGGCGGAUCGUCAUCCGCGUUCAGUGGCUGGAGAGUGGCGAAAACGAUCAUCUGGAAGCGCUGCUAGCACUGAGGGCGGAUAUACGGGUUCACAACGUCGAGCCAGUGGCGGGUCCGGAAUCAUUUCUUGCAGUCGGCCUCUUGCCAGUUCCUUGUCUGAAGAACGAGCUUCUCACUUGCAUACACCUGCUGCAACGCAGGCGGCGCAUACGCAUGCUACGGUAUCCCGUAGUCCAAGCAGCAGUGGUGGAAGUGGUGGCAUGGAUAGCGAUGCCCAGCUUUCUCCGGAUGCAGCUCCGCUUCCUCCACCACCGCCUUCUGCAUUGGAUCUCCUUUGCGAACCAGACGACGUGCCUAUUUUAGCUGAUGGAUGGAGUGGGCGCCUUGCUGAAAUUGGAUCUCGUCUCACCGAUGUUAACGCGUCAUUGGAAGAAGCCCAUCGAGGCGUGGCCGAAUUAGAUGAUCAACAUCAUCGUCAUCCUACCACAUCACUAGCGACCGAAACAACUCCGACGUCUUCUCGACACAGGCAGUCGGGCGCUCCUUCGACCACACACCGUACAGACUCAUUUGAAGAGCGAUUACGGAGUAUAAAUCAAAAGAAGAAGUCAUCUUUUGACGACUUCACGUUAAACAUCACACAGGAACGAAUACUUGCUGCAAAGGCUUCUGCACCUGAUCCGCUGAGUGUUGCUCCAUUCCCUGUGAUUUCAUCGGGAAGCGGUUUAUCAUCAAGCGGAUUCAGUAGGAAUGCAGCGUCACAUCGACCUGCUCUUUCUAUCACUAUUCCCCAGCCUGGAAGUGCUUCACAAAGCGCAGCUACAACUCCAGCAUCAACACGAAUUGAUUCUCCUCUGUCGUCGCGAAAAUCUGGAGCUCCAUGCAGUAGCGCAUCAACAUCUCGACCACCGGCAUCGGCACAUGUAACAUCUUCGUCGACUCCACCAGUUCGUCUUGCAGCACCGCCAACAGCUCCACUCAUAGCUUAUCCUCCGAACUUCUCAGUUCCCCCGCCAAAUUUCUCAGCAACUUCGUCUUCAGUCUGUGCGUUGUCUACAACACCUGAAUCGCAAACUUCUCCUAUCCUUUCUGCUCCACCUCCUCCACCUCAGCUUCUGCCAACUACACAGCAUACUCCUCAACGCCAUGAUUCAAUGUCUGCACUGAAAUCUCCAGUACCUGGAACAGCUCCAUCAUUGACUGGACGGUCGCUGUCUGUUUCGGAUGCGCGUAAAUCAGGAACACCAACGGUUGCCCACAAGGAUCCUUCAACUGAACUACUCGCAGAACUGUUUCAUAAUAAGCCCCCAACGACGGAUUUCCGGAAGCUCCCGAAGAUCGAGAAAAAGCCAUCAGCUGUGGCAGCGCAUCCAGAAAGAGAACAUCACAGCCAUGAACAAUCCAAAAAGCACUCAGGCAGCCUCGAUCAUCACAAAAAGGAGAAGGAGCAUAAAAUGCGUCGUAAAGAUGAUGGCUCAUUUGAAACCAAAGAAGAGCGUGCAAAACGGAAGGAAGCAGAAAGGUCAAAGAAAGAUCGUGAGAAGACGAAAGAUCAGAAGAAAGAGAAGAAGGCCAAGGAGGAGCGUAAACGCGGAAGAGAAGACGAUAGAGAAAAGAAGGACAGAAAACGAAAAAGGCUGAGAAAGAGCGACAACGGGAGAAGAAAUCCAAGAAGCAAAAGAAAAAAUCAAGGCAGAGCUCAUCAGAUGAUGGAAGUUCGAGCGAUGAUAGUGAUUAUCAGUAAGCAGUUGGCUCAUCUUGUCGCGGAAGAUAGCGGCUCGAGUUGUGCUGGAGCCAGUGGGGGACUUUCUAUGUACGACCGAGUGAAAAGGCGGAGCUCAGCUGCAAAUAAAGACGAUGGCACUAAGAAAACUGCUGCGCUUCAGCGUUUGCGAGACAAGAACAACGAACGGAAGAAUCAAAAGCGCCAUCGCAUACAGUUAGACUCUUCUGACGAGGAAGAUGAAGGCCCUAGACCAAUAAGGAAACCUGCCGAGUCCGAACCAGAUGACUCAUCUGAAGAGGAGGAGGAAACCGUACGCGUUGGGAAAAGUGCCAACGGGAACAGUAGCGAGGAUGAGGAGGUCAAAAAGAAACGCGAUUACUCAACCGAUGAAUCGGGAGAAUCUGAUGGUGGAGACCGCAAGCAGCAAAGAAGACCAACGAAGAAAACUUCGGAGAAACACAAACACGUUGCGAAAAACAUCAACAUGGAAGACGUCUUUGGAGCAGAUAGCACAGAUAAUGAAAAGUUGUCUAUUGAAGAGAAAGAGAAGAAACGAAAGAAAAGCAGAAAGUUUAUCAGAGCAUUUACAGAGUCAAAACCAGCAAAACGGACCAAGAAAAGUCAGCAGUCGGAUGAGUCAAGUGCUUCCGAGAUGGACAUACAGAGCGUGAUGCCUAAGGUUGAAGAGGAGCAAAGCCAAUGCUCUGUUAUUAGCGCGAAGGUAGAGGAACCUGCAAUCAAAGAAGAGAUAAUAGAGGUCAAACCAGAAGAGGUUCCGAUGGAAACGGAAGUUACAGAACAAGUGAAAACGGAACAAGAACCUGAAGAGGAGAAUAAGGAAGCUCAGGCUCAGCACACUCUCCCUGAAGCAGAAACAGAAACUUCAAUAGCUCCCAAACCUCCUCAACAACCUACAUCUACGGCAACAGAGCAAGCCCGUCCAAAGCUUCUUACGAAGGCUGCGAUGAAGAUUUUUGUGCCAAGUCAAUCCACCAUUGCUACGUCAACAGUAUCUGCUACACAGCCUUCGACCGAAGCGGAUUCGGAUGACGAGUCGACCGACUACGAUGACGUCUUCGCUAGCGCACUGUCAGCACCAACUUCUGCCCAACAUGAUGCUACUGCCACUACUUUUCUGCCACCUGUACGUCGAGUGAGCACCAGCAGCUCUGGCGCAACUGAACCGGACGAAGUCAGUGAGUCUGACUCCGAUUCACAGCGGUCUCGUCAUCGUGCUGUUGAACUUGUUGAUGCCACUGCCGGUUAUGCGAGUGUUCAUGAACCACCUGUUGCGAAUGUCGAUGAAACGACUACAUCGUCGGACGAGUGCUCGGCGACGAAGACGUCUCUGACAGUGACGUCGCUGCAAGAACCGCUUCCGACGAGCUAUACCGAUAGUGUGAAGGAUACCACUGAACAAUCCUCAAGUUGUGAGCAACAAGAAGCGCCGCAUGAUGUAGUUGAGACAACAGUUCAAGCCCCUCCGGCUCCCGAAACGACAACAACACCCUGUGAGCAGCCAUCAGUCGACGAUGAAGCGAAGAAGACCGCUCGAGGCAUUUCCGAUUUACAGGAAACCGAAGACGCAGUGAAGUCGAUUUUCGACGGUGAUGAUGAAGAGGAGGAACCACAGUAUCCGACUUUGGUGUUUGUUCCUGGCAAGAAUGGGGCGGUGGUUGCGUCGGCAGGUCUGUCAACUGCAGGUGAAGCUGUCCUAGUAUCUACCAGCGUCGCAGUCACCAACGAGGAAACAAAUCGAGCAACAAGUGCUAUUGCUGAUGUUGACGACGAAGCUGAAAUUACUGGCAUCGCUUCAGGAGAUGUUUCGGAUGAGCAAUUAUUGCGUGAAUCGUUUGUGGAGGAGCCGAUUUUGGAAGAGAAACCUGCAGCUGAAAAGAAUGCGGAGGUGUCUGAUGCGGCCAAAGAAGGAUCAUCUGCUGAUGCUGCACCAAACGUCAUCGUGAUUGAGGAUGACGACAUCGUUGAGAUCCCGACUACUAGCAGUUCAGUAAAGGAGCAAGACCCCAUAUACACUUCUGUCUCACAACCGGUAACCGCUAACGUGACCGCGCCUAUUAGUGUGGCGAUUCCAGAGCCCCGAAAGGCUUCUACGCCUAUGCAAUCGCCGAAAACCGUAACCAGUGCGGAACAAGCAACAUUUGUGCCACCACCGGUUGUGCACUCGGUCAAGGCUUCCCCUGUUCCAUCGUCGGAAUACGUAUCUGUAUUGCCUGCUGCAUCACCAGUUUCUGGUGGUAUAACUCAGGGCACACCUGUAGUCUCCCAAGCAGGCAUGCAUCAGUUGUAUAACCGAUUCCAGCAACCGUCGUUCACACACGCUAAUGUGUUGCAACAGCAGCAACAGUUGUACCAACAAGCUCAAGCCCAGGCUCAACAUCGCCCGUUAUCGCAGCAGCAACUAUUCCAACAACAGUUCGCGCAGCAGCAAUUGGUGUUACAACAACAGCAGCAACAACAGCUUUUGGCUCAGCAGCAAUUGGAACUGCAACAGCAGCGUGAACGAGCUGCACCUGUUAACCAACACCAGCAUGCUGCCUUAGCUGCUCAGGCCACUUUGCAAAUGCAACUGCAGCAGAUGCAAAUGCUUCAAAUGGCCUCCAGGGAUCCAGUGGCAUACUAUCAGCAAAUGUCGCAAACCUUUGGUCAACCGAUGGCGACAGCUCUGUUGGCUCAGUUGCAAGCUAUCCAGCAACUGCCAACUUCUCAGGCGCAGCAAUACCUUUUGGAACUGCAAAGGCAGCAACAGAUUAAGACGUCCCCGGCGGUCCCUCAAACGCCGAUAUCGACCGCAUCCUCGCAAGGGAACAUUUCCAUUGUUCAACAGGAGCGGAAGAACGUCUCGGUACCCCCGCAGCCUCGUACUAUCGAAAGUUCAGUCUCAGCGCCAUUAGCGGCAGCCGUAGCGUCUCCUUCUGGCACAUCGUCUCAGCAUUCCGCUGAUGUUGCGAAGCGAAGUCGAAAAGCGACCGAACCCCAGCAUCUCUCGUCGUUUGGUCUCUCAUCUCCCGAAGUUGAAGCCAUGAAUCCGUCGGGGAAUGCUUUGUCUGGUGAUUCUCAAGGCGUUGGUGACCAUACGCUGAACAUACUCAAUCUGGCUGGUGCGAUUGCGAUGAAUAGUUUGUUGGCAAUCAAUCAACAAAAUACUGGUGCUGGCGGUUUCCCUGCUCAGCUAGCUGCGCAAAAUCCACUUCUUGCGAAUGCAGCAAAGGUGAUGUUGAGUAUGAACCUUGCGAAUGCUGCCGCUGCUGGCGCAGAUCGACCAUCUGCUUCGACGUCGACCUCUGAGCUUCUGUCAUUGGUCGCUUCACAACCUGAGACAACUGCGUUGACUGUGGCUAAUCUACAGCAAGCGAUGCUUCUUCAGCAGUACGCAGCAUUGGCUCGAGGGCAAAUUCCAGGUGUUAAUCCGCAAUUGGCUGCUUUGCAUAUGUCGUUGAAGCGAACAGCCGAAAAUGGAACCGGACAUCAGAGUGACCGUAAACGAUCGUUUCCCAGCAGUGAUGUUCCCAAUCAAGUUGAGGAAUUGAGAAAACGCGUUCAUUCGGACAGUAUCGCUCUCGCAAAGCAGCGCAAGACUGAACAUGUAAUGGUUCCUCGUAUGUCGGUAUCCAAGGACGAUAUGGAGCGUUGUCUGAAUAGGAUUCUUAACGAGGAGAUCUACAACAUUUACGACCAUGACUUGAAGCCCGAGCGGAAGCCUGUGACCCCAGUGUCCUCGCCAGUUGGUAGCAGCAAAGGGACAGGAUGCAGCAGUAGCAGUGGAACCAGCUCACCUUUCGAAAGAAAGUUGUGCAUAGAUGAAAUUCUCGAGAUAAUUGCUAAUCGUCCGUUAGACAAAGAAGGUGGAAUUGCAUCGUUGGGAUCGGCAUUCCGAAAAGUGAGCAGCCGUUCCAACACUGCUGACUCUUGUUCACGUGAAAUCAGCAUGCUGACCGAUAGCGCACUGGUUUGGGAAACUUCGCUGUCACCGGAUGGAAGCUCUCCACGAUAUUCUGAACCCGAUGUUGCUCCUCUUACUCAAGAACUUGUAACUUCUCUGCGUAAUCUAGCGAUUUCCCAUCGUGAUGAAGAUCCGGAGAAUUUGGACAGUGAUGGUGCUCUGACAUAUGACGAACAACUGAAGCGUUUCCCGGUGGUAUGGCAGGGUACGUUGGCAAUGAAGCAGUCCGAGACAACGGUGCAGAUGCAUCUGGUGUAUGGAUCGAUAGAGAUGCUUACUCGAUGUCUCGGUGACGCCAAUGCUGAUGCGAAGAACGCCGUACCAAUUCGUGUCAAUCAACGAAUGCGACUUGAACAUGCCCAAGUUCAAGUUGCAGGUAUGGUUGCAAAGAUGUCGGAUGCGGGUCGUUUCGCGUGUAUGAUCUGUUUGCCCUGUGGUCUUUCUCGGGAUGAAAUCAUCACCAAUUCGGAUAUAUUCCGAACGGCUUUCAUUGACUACUUCACAAGCAAGCAAGCUGCAGGCAUAGCCGUUAUGCCCCAGACGGCUACCACCGCCGGAUGCUUGGUGCACGUGUUUCCUCCGGGCGAAUUUCCAUCAAGUUACCUACAGUACUAUUCUCCUCAGCUUUAUGAGUCGAUAACAGCUCGCCAGGCAUCAUUUUUGUUUGUUGUUCUAACACCUGAUGAAUCCUCACGACCACUCACAUCAUAG